CUUCAUUUCACAACACAAAACACAACUCUCUCUCUCUCUCUCUCUCUCUCCCCCCUCUCUGUUCCUCCUAUCUAUAAUCAGUCAACCCCUCUCUCUCUCUCUCUCUUCUUGUGAGCUUGUUUUGUUGUUGGUCUGGUGAGGUGUGAUGAUGGAUGUGAGCUGCAGCCGGUGUUCCCACACUUCCCACAUCACGGAGAUCAUCAUCACUAGCUUUUUCCGACACAAGCUAUAAAUACCCAAAAAAACCAAAGCAAUUUAGAAAGAAAUUUAUCAAACAGGACUGUCUGAUCUUCAUAACCCAUAUAUAAUUACUAUGCCAGCUUGAAAAAUCCCAUCUUUUCCGAUUUCGAGCUAUGGCCGGUCGGAGGAUGCUCUACGGCGGAGCUUCUUGUGGUGGUGGUGGUGAAAGUACCAAUACUGUUUUGCUUCAAAAUCAAAGGGUUCCUUGUUCUUCUGAGCCUCUUGAUUCUCUCUUCCUUUCUGGGUCUUCCCCUUCUUUCCUUGGUUCAAGGUCCGUGGUUAGCUUUGAAGAUGUUAAUGGGGGAAAAAGAACGAAUCGACCGUUCUUCCACUUGUUUGAUCAAGAAGACAAUGUAGUAGAUGAUGAAUUAGAUGAAUACUUUCAUCAACCCGAAAAGAAGAGGCGACUCACGCCCGACCAAGUCCAAUUUCUAGAGCAGAGUUUUGAGGUAGAGAACAAGCUUGAACCGGAUAGAAAAAUUCAGCUCGCCAAGGAUCUUGGUUUGCAGCCUAGGCAGAUUGCGAUAUGGUUUCAAAACCGCCGAGCACGGUGGAAGACAAAACAGCUAGAAAAGGAUUACAAGGCACUGCAAUCUAGCUACAAUACUCUCAAGGCCGACUACGAUGGACUAGUUAAGGAGAAGGAUAAACUAAAAUCCGAGGUUCUUCACCUCGCAGACAAGCUGGUUCUCAAGGAGAAAGAGAAGGGAAACUCCGAAUCGUCUGAUACGAACCAACAAUCUCAAGCACCAACGCAAAGACUGCCAAUUGCUGAUUCAGUUUCUGAGGGUGAGGUAUCAAAGAAUUCAACAGUGGCUUGUAAGCAAGAAGAUCUUAGUUCAGUCAAAAGUGACGUACUGGAUUCAGAUAGCCCGCGAUACAUUGAUGGGGGUCACUCCUCUCUGCUGGAGCCCGGUGAUUCCUCAUAUGUAUUCGAACCAGACCAAUCAGAUACAUCUCAGGAUGAAGAAGAUAAUCUGAGCAAGAACUUGUUGCCUCCUCCUCCUCCGGCAUACGUGUUUCCAAAGAUUGAAGACGAUGAUUACGCAGACCCGCCUGGGAAUUCUUGUUUGUUUGGAUUCUCAGUUGAAGAUCACGCCUUUGGGUUUUGGUCUUAAUUGAAUGUCAGCAUAUACUAGUGUUGUUUCUGUGUCUUUGUUUGCGUUUGUUGUUUUGCAUCAUGCCAGUCUUAGCUGUAUUAGGGAAUAAAUCCAAUCCAUGGCACCCCCAAUCCAGAUGUGGUGGUGGGUUUUGGUAAGGGCUGUUGUUGGUGAACUUGUUUCGUUGUAAGGAAGUAUUGUAAGUAAAUAAUUGAUUAAAAUCUUUGCUGAAAGCUUGUUGACAAACAUUUUUGAGAUGAAAUAUAGAAGAAUCAACAGUGUGAAGGAGAA